AUGUCUGCUUUUAAUAUUAAUAAAUUGACAUAUUUUAAAGUAUUUUGACAGCUUUAGUUGGAUUGUAAUUCUAAGUUCAGAACGUAAAAUUACCAAUGUUGAUUUUUGUAAUGAAAAAGUGCAUCAUUCGUUAUUAAAUAAAAAAUGCUCUAAUUUUUUGAAAAUGGAUGACUGCAAGAGUGACACUCUGGACCUCUCGAGGCGUGAACUGAAGAAAAUAGAGAAAGCGCCUCCAGAGGAAUCCAACACGAUUAUUAAUUUGGUUCUUGAUCAGAAUGAGCUGCAGCGACUGGAUAAUAUCGAUACAUACAGCCGCGUUGAAAACUUGUCGAUAUGCAACAACUUCCUACUUCGAAUGCAUGGAGUUUCUCGUCUCACAAACAUUCGGAUCCUUGCUUUGAACAACAAUGGGAUCUUACAGAUUGAAGGACUCAAAGAUCUUAUUUAUUUGAAGGUUUUAAAAUUAGCCGGAAACAGUAUAAAGUCUAUAGAGCAUUUAAAUCACAACAUGCAUUUGGAGCAGCUGGAUCUCUCCAACAACCAAAUAUCUUUUGUUGCUGAUAUAUCUUAUUUGAAGAGUUUGAAGCAUCUGAACCUGGAGAGGAACCGCAUAAUCGAUCUGCGGCAGUGCGACCGCUACCUGCCCGCGAACCUGGAGCACCUAGGGCUGGCGCACAACAACAUACACGACCUCAACGAGAUCUCGCAUCUGGUGCAUCUGAACAAGCUGGACAGCUUCACUAUGCAGGGCAACCCGUGCGUCGCUAUGGCUGGGAAGGAUAAACUUGGAUUUGACUAUCGUCCUUUCGUUCUUAAUUGGAUCUUGAGCGUCAAAUCCAUUGAUGGAUUUGUCGUCAGCGCAAUCGAAAGUUUGAAGGCAGAAUGGCUGUACAGCCAGGGCAAGGGGCGUCACUUCCACGCGGGUCAGCACCAGGAGCUGUGCGAGUAUCUAGCCAACACUUGUCCUUUGACUGCUGACGCGCUGGAGACUGAAGAUCAGAGGAAACUGCGCCUUAUUCUCAGUAAGGCGCAACAUCACCAACAGCAACUAAAGGAUACAAACCACAGCCCUUUGAAACCGAAGCUACAAUCACCCAGAAUGCAAUCCCGCAUAGCCGCGCGCCACAUGGGCCGGUCGCCCGAGCGGCUGACGUCGAGCUACCACGCGGCCCUCGCCCGCAACACCUCGCCCUCGCCUCGUCCGCCCGCUGACACACCCGCCGCCAUGACGCAGAGCUUCGACUGCGGACUGUUUGAUAAGAGGGAGAAGUCCGAAUCGACACCGACCCCGCCCCCUCAGCAGCCGCAACUACAGAAACCAAUCAACCAAUCACUGGAAGCCGCAUCUAAAAUGGUACCCGUGCCGGAGUCGCUCAUGAGCCCCGACUACCAGGACCCGAUAUACGACAUACAGAAAACUAUCCCCAAACCCAGCAAUCAUUCUGUUAACAGCGUUUCGAAUACUUCGUCACAGUCCAGCAACAGCAGCAUACAAGAGGAAAGGCCGCACAGACAGAUAACCCAACCGACAAACAUACACAAAAACCUGAAGGGCUCACCGAAAUUGACGAAAAGUGCCACAUCCUCGCCGAAAAUGAAACGCUUGGAACAGCGCAAAGGCAGUCUGUCCAGCGUCAAGAACGAGAAAGUUAAUGGAGUUAAAAACGAAAUCGAUACACCCGAUCGUAUCGAUCCGGAUAAAUUGGAGAUAAUAAAGUUGGCGUCCAAUCAGAGGCGGCAAAAGAAUAAGAGUGUGGAGUCGAUGGCGGCCGUCACCAUUCAGAAAAUGUGGAGGGGGUACAGGAGUCGCAACUUGAAUAAGGACACGCUGAGGAUCCUCCAUGCGAUACAGGCGGCGAGAGCGAGACAGCAUAUACAGCGACUGACGUGCGACAUGGAAGCAACCAAGGCGGCUUUGGAGAGCGAACGGAAAAUACAACAACUGCAGAUGCAAGCAAUCAACGCACUCUGGAAGAAAGUGUCCACACUGCAGGUCGCUGACACAACAAAGCGUCGUCCCUCGGAAAGCGAAGACAACACGGAAGCGUUGAGACAACUGAGCGAGACGUGCGCGUCGCUGCAGUCGCAGGUGGAGGCGCUGCACGCGAGCGUGCGCGAGCUCGCGUGCGGCGCGCGCGUGCGCUGCGCGUGCGCGUGCGCGCGCGCCUGCCAGACUGACGUCACCGCCGCCAGCUUGGAACUGGAGGAGCGUUUCAGUUGGCUGCGUCGCCCACAAUCCCUGGCGUUGUCUGCGGCGAGUGCGCCUGCCACCAGCGAAUCUCAGAGUUUGGACGAUGUGGUGGACACGCCAGCCGACACUGAUUCGCACAAUGAAAAACCAAACGAAAUGGCCGCUUUAGACAUCGAGCGAACAGAAUCAGUAAUAGAAGAGAAACCCGAUACCGAACCUGAACGACGGUUAGACGAGCAACCGGAGGAAGUCAUCGCCGACUGAUAACGCGAAAUGAACCUUACGCCCUCGACGCAAGGCCCAAAGCUUAACGUGCUUGGUGAGUUGCGUUGCUAAUCGUGUUUGUAUGGUGGGAAAUUAAUACGUGAAAAUAAUGGGUGUUUGGGUGAAUUUUCGGGCAUUUCGACCGCCGCCAUUAACAUCCAUCUAACAAGAAAGACAAGGAUAAUGUUGCUACCUGAAUUUAUAAAUAAUUCUGAGCUGGUAGUAUACAAUCUUAGGUAAUCAUUGUUAAAAUUUCAGAAAGGUUCUAUAUUUAAUCCAUAAUAAGUGCGGUAGAAAUGCUCCAAAUUUAACCGAAUUGUGAAAAUGUAUUGGUGUACAGAAAGCGUUUUGUUGCAUAUUUUAGGCCUGCGGGAAUUACAAGAUACAUUGUGUGUUAUUCUUUUAAUUAAAUGUUUUUAAUUUUGAUUAAUUUAUUUUGAUAACUAUAUCUGCACUUUUGAAUUUUAUUUAUUUAACGCACGCACGCAUAAUAUAACGCAUUUCACACGAGUGUGUUAAAAAAGACACUUUCGCUCUCUAACCGUGCAAUGUAAUCUAAGCGAGGCAAUUUAGUGUUAAGUUUUGAAAUUGUAUAAUUUAUAUGGCAACAUAACAUCCAAUGACUUUUUUACAGUCUGUCUUAAAGUUUUAUCUGGCCGCACACUAGUGCCACCAUAAUAAUUUUCGUCAAUUUCUAAAUUAAUAAAUGUUCUGGUGGCGCUAGUAUGCGGCUAGAUAGAGCCUCAAUGCCGACUACACAUAAUCGCCGAAUUCAGACUGAUGCCGACGCGAACGAGCGAACAUUGUGUAGUUUGUGUGAAACUUUAUUAACCGCAAGGAAAAACCAGAAAUAUGCAUCGAAUCCGCCUAAUUUUGGCGAUAGUGUAUAGCCGACAUUAAGAGUAGAAAAUUGAUUUUUGACGAACUACAAUUUUUCACUAUUGCAAUACCAAAUCUGAUGGCUGUGAUUGGUUCAAAAACACUCAGUGUUACCAGCCAAGUGAUCACAGUACACUCAUUAAUUUUCUACUCUUUAUAGAUAGACUGUACCAGUUAUUUCAGCAUUCACACCUAUAAUAUAUAACCACGUUAUAUAACCUGUUAUAUAACGUUUACUUGUUUAGUUAUUAAGUUAUUUAUGUUUAAUAUCACUAUUAUUAUAGCGACUGAUCGUUUCGUUAGGAAUGACCAAUUACUUUUUAUUUAUUACAGCUUAUUGUGGUAAGAAAUAUUCAAUAUAAUACAAUUAAAAUAAGUGCAGUCAUUUCCAAAGAUAAAUUAUUGCUAGAUUUAAUUUUUUUUUAACUCUCGAUAAAGAUUAGCGAAUGUGUAAACAAAAUAAGUUGAAUAAAACACAGAAAGAGGAUUUAUAACAGCACUUAAUACCAUUGUCACAAAAAACUAAAUAAAUAUGCGCGUAUUUUAUCUAUGAGUAUGUAAAAUUUCUAGAAUUUAGAAAAAUACAACGCUUAAAAUUAAUAACGUUACACAACAUUUGGCUGUAUUUUACAUUGAAUUGAAAUAUUUAAGUGAGUUUUCGUUUUUUAAACAAUAAAUCAUGUCUAGAAAUAGUCAUUUUUGCGACAUAUUAUAAUCAACGUUAUUCACUGCCGAAUGUAUAAAUAUGAUAACCUACAUAAUGAUAUGGUACACGAUACAAUUACAUUUUAUAUGAUGUUAUUAUUGUCAGAAGAAAGAGCUAAUCAAAAUUGGUACAGUACUAACACGUUUAUAAGUUAAAUCGGCAAUAUUCGACGGCGCAGAAGGGUGCGUCCUACUGCCGAAUAAAACCUAAUACAAACUCAAAUAACGACCAUAUUACUAGGACAUAAGUCUUAAAAUAAAAUAAAAAAAUCAAUGAUUCGUGCGUACGACGCGACGGCGCGGACUCAGACAAUAGCGGGCAGCUCUGUUCGCGGGUAAACAAACAUGGCGCGCUCUGAUUAGCUAAAAUAUUUUCGCGCCGUACAACGGUGUAACUUAUAAAAGUGGUAGACCUGUACAUAUUUUGCUAAAAUACAUACUACACAGUGAAUAAAUAAAUUAAUUUUAAGUAAAAAUAAAAUAUAAAUAAAAGCACAUUCUGGGUACAUGUAAAACCGUAGCUAAUGAAAGAGCUUUAAUAUUCCAUUAUAUAUUUCUUUAUAUUUGUACUAUUAUGCUAUUAAUGAUAUGUAUUUAAAAGUACACUUUCUUAUCACAUUUUAAUUUAGAAUAGUUUUAUUUAUUUGAGCAACUGAAUCUCUUACACUUGAUUUUCUAAUUCCAAAAGGCAUCAUAACACAAUUUAAGACAAUUCGAUCUAGGGGUGUAUUUGCAUUUGUUUUUUAGAAAAUCUUUAACGACAUCACUAUAUUUACUAGUCAUUUUUAACUGUUUUAACUUUUCAUGACAGCUAUUAUUAAACUUUUAAUUUUAAGGUUUCUCAACACCAGUAUGUAAAAGACUUUACUGUUUAACUAUCUGACUUUAAAAUCAUUGGCUAAUCUGUAAUCUGGUAAUAUCAAUUUUAUGAAUGAUUGAUUUUGGAAAUGGUUCCUUUCUCAAGAAAAUUGAUGGAUUUUAAUGACAGCGAAAAAUAUCCAAACGCACUGAGAACCACCCUAAAGUGUAUUUGUUCCUAAAUAAUACUUGAGAAUGAGAUUCUCAAGUAUUAUUUAGGUCUUAUGUCAUAUUACAUCCACACAUGUGUUACAUUCCAUUUACUGGCGUAUAAUAGUUGUUGAUAUUAAUUGAAAAGAUUUUAUCUCUAAAUUCAUUAUAGCCAGUGAUCAUACAUUAUGUCCUCAAUAUUAUGUCUUUACAUGGUUCAUGUACUUGUUUACAUAACCAAAUGUCAGUCAUUUUUGUAGUCAACGUAUAUACGUUGACUACAAAAAAUAAUAAAAUAAUAGUAAUAAAAAAUAUUAUUAUUUUACCUAUGUUUCGGAAUUAGCCAUGUUUUAUAAAAAAUGUAUUUUAUGAUAUAGCUUCGCGAAAAUAGCUAUAGAGUAAAUGUAUGAUGUAAGAAAUGUGAAAAUAUUUUGAGCGAACAAAAUUAGUGGCAAAAUUUUAAAUUGUUCAUGUAGAAAUUAAGCGAAAAGUCACAGACGUUAUGUAUAGUUAUGUCUAGCAUGUUAUUGAGUGGGAUGUCUCAUCCAAUGGGCUCGUCUUGCCAGGCCCGACAAAGAUAAAUAAAACCGGUAAACUACUCAAUGACAUAUUUGCUAAAAUAAUUGUGUUUUAAAUUGCAAAGUUAUUUGUAUCAACUGUAUUAUUUAUAAUGUCACGAUGCCACGAUGACCUAUCAUUUAUAUAUGAAUAUUAUUAUGGCGUGCCAGUAGAAAAUCAAUCUUCUAUGUCGGAAAAAUAACUAACCAUAGUGCAGAGUGACGUGGGUUUUUGACCCGACGAACAACAAACAGUUAAAUUUGUUCAAUCAGCAAGCGACGCCCUCACUGGGCUACACAGCCGGGCUGGAUAAGUUAGCAAACCAGUGUUUGUCAACACGAAUAAAAUUAGUUCAAACCAUAUAAUUACAGUUGUUAUAACUGUUAUGACAGUUUAUUUAGAUUAAUAAAUGUAUUGGUAGUUACUGGUUUUAAUUUUCUUUCAGAAGGUCUAAACGCUUCUAAUGUGACUAAUUUUACUUUAUAAUCGUUAAUGUCUCGUGUCUCUCUAUUUGAAUACGUUUUCAUUAUUGCUGUGAAUAACUUAUAUUUUAAAAGACAUUAGAAAUUGAUAUGAAACAGCUUGAACUGAGCUCCCAUAUUCAUAAGCUGCUCGAAAAUAGGAAUUGCACAUAAAAAAAGAACCAAAAUCAAAAUGUACCAUAUACUAUGCUUGCUAUGACUACAUUGACUACCAAACAAUCUGGAUAUGUCCUUUCUUUGAAAAAAAAAACAUUUAAAAAAUAUGUCAUAACAUUGCACAUUACCAAAUUCAAAAAGACAUCAAGAUCGCUUUACCUUUUUUUCAAAGUAUCUAAACAAAUAGCAUAGUUUAGCUAACACAGCGUGAUAUGAUCACAGUUGCAAUAUGGAGCUCUGUCAAGCUUCAUUUUUAAGUAAUUUGCAAAGGAUUGUAAGUGGGAAGUCAUCGAUGGAAUAACAAUUAAACUAAUGUAUGUCUUAUAUUUACUGUAAGAAAAUACAUUUUGGCACAUCUAUUUUUACAUUGUUGUUACUGUGGAGUUAGCAUGAGUUUUUGCGAGAACAUAAUCGUAUCGACAACGUCAAGUUAGUUCAAUUUAAAAGCGCCAGGGGCGCUGUUCUUAUUCCAUGUAAAUUUUAUAAAUGACGAUAUAAUUACGUACUCGGACCCUAUUUAAACAAAUUGUCUAAAAUUAUUUGAGAUAGAUGUGUCUGCAUGUAUGUAAAGUGGUUACAUGUGGUUACAGCGCCCAUUUAAAAAUUUGCCAAUCAUAUAAUCUAAAAUCAUAUCCGCCGUUUUGUGUAUACAAGAAAGAGAAACGCUGAGAAAUACACAAGAAGAAAUGAAAAGGAGUGCCUAAUAUCUAAAUAUUUUGUCUCGCCUCCGCUUGAUGAGUAAUCGAUGGCUACGGCAGCUCGUUGUCUGCUGAAACGGCAACUGGUAAAUUGAUUGUUAAAGAUGCCGCCAUAUGUGUUAAGAUUGGCGUAAUAUCGGGUACAGAUAUCUAUUUAUAAAGAGUAGAGAGCGGACUUUUAACGAACUACAUUUUUUUGCCAUUGCAAUACCAAAUCAAAUGAUAAAGAUUGGUUGUUAAACUCCCAGUGUUGCCAGCCAAGAGCACACGGCGCCCUCAUUUCUUUUUUACUCUUUAUAGACAGAUUGUAAGGUCCUGUCCGCACCGCGAUAUUUACCGCGUGGUUUAUUUCUCGCAAUUCUGUAACAUAUUGUAUCUUUACUGGCGUAUUCACACAGGCGAUAAAAAUUCUUCAGGAAGCAAUAAGAGUGCGCGGUAAUUCGCAAGAAUUCCGCGCAAAGAAAUAUCGGACAGGUCCUUAGUGUUAACAAAUACCCUAACCUAAUUUUAUGUUUGGGAGCUGUGACCGGACCACUGGUCUACAGAGAUACUUGCCGUCCUUCAAACUUCAGCGUACCCACCUUAUUUGUUGUCAUUAUGUUAGAGCCUGUAUUUAUUAUGUUUUAUAAAACAAUUUUACAAA